AUGGAACCAUACAGCCUUGAGGAAGAGGGGGCCCUUCCAUCAGAAGGGCACGUCCCCUCCUCUGAGAGUCAAGGGCUCAACUGCAGUGACACACUCAACCGGGACCUGGGCCCCAGCACACGGGAACUGGGCCCUAGUACUCGGGACCUGCUCUAUGCUGGCCUAAGCGGUUUGGACCUUGACCCCAGUCUCUCAUCAGAUAUGCCCAGUGAGGUGCUGGAGGACAAUCUGGACACCCUGUCCCUGUACUCAGGAAAGGACAGCGACUCUGUGAAGCUUCUGGAAGAGUAUGCAGACUCUGAAUCCCAGACCUCCUUACAAGACCUAGGGCUGGGUGCACUCAAGGUGCCUAAAGAAGCUGACGAAGGAGGCAGGGCCACUGGGAGUACAAGGAAGGGCAAGCGGCAGCACAGCUCACCUCAGAACCCGCUCUUGGACUGCAGCCUGUGCGGGAAAGUGUUCAGCAGUGCCAGUUCCCUGAGCAAGCAUUACCUGACGCACAGCCAGGAGAGGAAGCAUGUGUGCAAAGUCUGCAGCAAAGCCUUCAAGCGCCAGGACCACCUGACGGGGCACAUGCUCACCCACCAGAAGACCAAGCCCUUUGUGUGUAUCGAGCAGGGCUGCAGCAAGAGCUACUGUGACUACCGCUCACUGCGCCGACACUAUGAGGUCCAACAUGGAGUAUGCAUCCUGAAGGAGGCCCCACCAGAAGAGGAGGCUUAUGGGGACCCAACCCACAACCAUGAUGUGGCCAACCAACCUCCACCCAGUGGCCUGAGGUCCCUGGGGCCCCCAGAAGCUAGGUCCCCUGGUUCUGUCUUGCCCAACAGAGACCUCCUUCGCUGUAUUGUAAGCAGCAUCGUCCACCAGAAGAUCCCCUCUCCUGGCCCAGCAGUGGGGCCUGCUGAUACUGAAGCAAGGAGCUCGGCCUGUGCCUGCCCUGCCUCACUGGGGCCAUCAUUGUGUACAGUGGCCAGCACCCCAGUGGCUCCAGGAAGCCUGGGCUCUGAGAUUCCUGAGGAAACUCAUCCCCAACGGAAGGAACCUACCACUGACGUGUUCACAGCUGUCCAGUCAAGGGCAGCUGAGAACAGUGCCCCUGACCCGCCAGAGUCAGAGUUGGAGUCAGAGUCUCCACGGAUUCAAAGGCCAUCCUCCCUGGAGGGCUGGCCAGAGGGCAGCUCUCUGCCUGCCUGCCUGCCUCUCUUUCGAGGCCACUCAGUCCCCUCAGGAUCCCAGCCUUCCAGCCAUAACUUCCAAUGGCUCCGGAACCUGCCUGGCUGUCCCAAGAACAAAGGCAGCAAUGUGUUUAUGGUCCACAAGCCCUCUGCAGUGCCAUCCCGGGAGGGCUCUGAGGGGGCCUCUGGGCCCAGCAGCACUCCCACCACAGUAGAGCCUUCACCCAGCCUGGGUACCAACCAGGAGGACCUGCUACCAUUUCCUCCUGCACUCCUGAAGGCACCUGGUGAGGCCUCCAAUGACGUCCGGCAGACUGCUGGGGAAGAUGACAGCUGGGCUCCCAAGAAGAGCAAACCGGACUGUGAGUCAUUCCCGUGGCAGAGCCCCACUGAACUUGGCCUCCAAGAUGCACAGAACUCAGGUGGGCUCCCCUCAGAUGCCACGCCCCUCUUCCGGCAGCUGUUCAUGAAGUCACAAGAGUCUCUGGUAAGCCAUGAACAGAUGCAGGUGCUCCAGAUGAUUGCCAAGUCCCAGCGGAUCUUUUCCCACACCCAAGUAGCUACAGCCUCAGCCCAAAGACCAGGGCCUGAGGGCAAGCAGUCAGCCCUGAAGCCAUUGCAGGGGCCAUGGCCACCACAGGCCCUUCCACCAGUACCCACUGUUGAGUCUUUCCAGAUAGGCCCUGGACACUCAGAGCCAGAGGGAUCCCCAGUCCGCAGGAGGAAAACCAUACCUGCAGUGUCCAGAGAAACAUCUCCUGGUGGCCCGAGACGAGACACAAAAGGAGGCCCUAAAGUAGCCUCUGCACCACCGUCCCUCACAGGGCCAGCUUUGCACCCCUCCCGGAAUCCAGACAGCUCUUCGUUGGCUAAAGGAACCUUGGACCUGGGGGACAUUCUCCCCAGUGCAGGCUCACGGCAGUCCCAGUUAGGUGGAGAUGAGCCAGCUGGAACCCAGCCGGUUGGGAAACAGGGGCAAGCUGAGAAUGGCUUGGCUUCAGGGCCUAUGAGAGCUGAAAAGGGCCCAGCCUGUCCCCGAGGUGGAGGCUACAGGCUCUUCUCAGGCCACACCAGGGCCCAGAGAUUCUCGGGUUUCCGGAAGGAGAAAAUGAAGAUGGAUGUGUGCUGUGCAGCUUCUCCCAGCCAGGUGGCCAUGGCCUCCUUCUCUUCGGCUGGGCCUCUGGCAGAUCCUCCCCGGGACAUGAAGUCCAAGCUGACAAUCUUCAACAGAAUCCAGGGCGGAAACAUCUACAGGCUCCCCCAUCCAGUGAAAGAAGAGAGCGUGGCAGGUGCAUGCCAUCAGCCAAAUGGGGCUCCCACAGACUGGUUGGAGUCAAAGAGUACUUUCGUGUGCAAGAACUGCAGCCAGAUGUUUUACACCGAGAAAGGACUGAGCAGCCACAUGUGUUUCCACAGUGACCAGUGGCCAUCACCUCGGGGGAAGCAGGAGCAGCAGGUGAAGGAACAAGUGGUGGCUUCUGUGGUACAGGGUUGGACAGGCUUUGUGGAACAGAUGAAGAGACAGUGCCAUCCAUCUCAGGUUAAAAGCAGCAUCCUGGCAGGGAUGGAGGGUGACAUGAGGGCCAGGCCAUCUGUGCAGGCCUGCCACAGCCCUGCUGGCCCUUGCACCAGCUUCAUGGCCUUUCUGUGGCCUCGGGUGACACCUGUGGUGCUGUCCUCUCUUCUUCAGGGACAAGAAAAAGACGGGGAAGAGAGAGACAGCAAGGAGAGCAGCCAGUACAGAAAGCGGAAGAAGCGGCCCCAACCCAAAGCCCUGUUUGCCCCUCCUGCACCCUCUGCCCUUGGGGAGCCAGGCCCAGGAGGGUGCCGCCAGAGCUGCCCGCGUCCUCCUGUGUUCCUGGUGGACCACCUCCUGAAGGGCUUGUUUCAGUGCUCCCCCUACACACCGCCGCCCAUGCUCAGCCCCAUCCGUGAGGGUUCCGGGCUGUACUUCAACACGCUCUGUUCCACAUCCCGGGCUGGGCCCCACCUCAUCAGUCCUGUGCUUGACCAAGUGGAUGGCUCCUUCAGCAUCUGUGUGGUGAAGGAUGACACUAAAAUCAGCAUCGAACCACACAUCAACGUUGGAAGCAGAUUUCAGGCAGACAUCCCAGAACUGCAGGAGAGGCCACUGGCCAGAGUGGAUGAGAAUGUAGCUUCUCUGGUCUGGAAGCCAUGGGGAGAUGUGAUGACCAACCCAGAGACCCAGGACAGAGUGAUGGAGCUCUGCAACGUGGCAUGCUCCAGUGUGAUGCCGGGAGGGGGCACCAACCUGGAGCUUGCCCUCCACUGCCUGCAUGAUGCCCAGGGCAGUGUUCAGGUUGCCCUGGAGACUCUGUUGCUCAGAGGACCCCAGAAACCUCGGACUCACCCGCUGGCUGACUAUCGCUACACAGGUUCGGACGUCUGGACCCCCAUGGAGAAGAGGCUCUUCAAGAAGGCAUUCUGUGCCCACAAGAAGGAUUUCUACUUGAUACACAAGACGAUCCAGUCUAAGAGCGUAGCACAGUGCGUUGAGUACUACUACAUCUGGAAAAAAAUGGUUAAGUUUGACUGUGGCCGAGCUCCUGGGCUGGAAAAGAGGGGCAGGAGAGAGCUGGAUGAGGUAGAGAGGACUGAAGACAAGGUCACUUGCAGCCCCCGGGAGAGGCCCGCUCACCGCCCAACUCCUGAGUUAAAGAUAAAGACCAAGAGUUACAGGAGGGACUCUAUCCUUCACUCCAGCCCAAGUGCAGUCCCCAAGCGUACCCCUGAGCCCCCAGGGAGUGUGGAAAGCCAGGGCGUGUUCCCUUGCAGAGAGUGUGAGAGGGUGUUUGACAAGAUCAAGAGUCGGAACGCCCACAUGAAGCGCCACCGCCUGCAGGAGCACGUGGAGCCCGUCAGGGUGAAGUGGCCUGUGAAGCCCUACCCGCUAAAGGAGGAGGAGGAGGAGGAAGAGGAGGAGCUGGGGGCUGACAUGGGCCCCCUGCAGUGGUGACUCCUUGCUGGAAGCUGGUCUGCAAGGAGAGGGGAUCCAGAAUCUGAGCCAAUGCCUGGGUCUCUCAGAAGCGU